UCCUCUCCUCUCCAUUCGAUUCUGCUCCCCGCUCCUCUCAUCAAACAAAAAGGGAAACAAAAUCGAAAGGGAAAAAAAAACCCGCCGCCGCUCGCUCCUCGCUCCUCCGCUCGACGCCGCCGCCGCCGCCGCCACUCCUCUGCGACCUAGGGUCGCCUCCUUCCCCUGAGGCCGUUCACAGCAGUCUGAGUGAAACUGAGCAAAUACUGAGAAAUCCAAGUGACAUUAUCAAGAUUCAUUCAUUCAUAUGAAAUGUCACUGCUCAGUAGAUUCUUCUACAAGAGGCCUCCUGAUGGAUUACUGGAGUUUAUCGAUAGGGUCUAUGUUUUUGAUUCAUGCUUCUGCACAGAAGUUUUGCCACAUGGUAUGUACCCAGUCUAUUUGACUGGUAUUCUUACAGAGUUGCACGAAGAACAUAGUCAGUCUUCAUUUCUGGGUAUUAAUUUUAGAGAUGGCAAUAAGAGAAGCCAAUUUGCUGAUGUCCUACGUGAAUACAAUGUUCCAGUAAUUGACUAUCCUCGUCAUUUUGAAGGCUGUCCUGUGCUUCCUUUAUCUCUCAUCCACCAUUUCCUUCGUGUCUGUGAACACUGGUUAUCCACUGGGAAUAAUCAAAAUAUUGUACUGCUACACUGCGAGAGGGGAGGCUGGCCGUCAUUAGCAUUUAUGUUAUCGUGUCUCCUUAUUUUCAAGAAAUUGCACAGCGCAGAGCAUAAAACUCUGGAUCUUAUUUACCGCGAGGCACCUAAAGGUUUUCUGCAGCUUUUUUCUGCCCUCAACCCAAUGCCCUCUCAGCUCAGAUACAUGCAGUAUGUAGCCAGAAGAAACAUAUCUCCAGAGUGGCCUCCAAUGGAGCGGGCACUCUCUUUUGACUGCCUGAUUCUUCGAGCCAUUCCAAGUUUCGAUUCUGAUAAUGGAUGCAGGCCAUUAGUCCGAAUAUUUGGGAGAAAUAUUACUGGCAAGAAUGCUAGUACGAGCAACAUGAUUUUUUCAAUGCCUAAGAAGAAGACUUUACGCCACUAUCGGCAGGAGGAUUGCGAUGUUAUAAAAAUAGAUAUACAAUGUCCAGUCCAAGGAGACGUUGUUCUGGAGUGUGUACAUCUUGAUCUUGAUCCAGAAAAGGAAGUUAUGAUGUUCCGGAUAAUGUUCAACACUGCUUUUAUUCGUUCAAAUGUACUAAUGCUGAAUAGUGAUCAUAUAGAUAUAGUAUGGGGUUCAAAGGAUCGGUACCCAAGAACUUUUAGAGCAGAGAUGCUGUUUUGUGAACUUGGAGGCAUAUCUCCUCCAAGACCUCCAACAGCAACGUUGAAUGGGGAUAUGAAAGGAGGUUUACCAAUUGAAGCUUUUUCAGCUGUUCAAGAACUCUUCAAUGGAGUUGACUGGAUGGAAAGCAGUGACAAUGCUGCCUUUUGGUUGCUCAAAGAGUUCUCAGCAAAUUCCCUUCAAGAGAAAUUUCAAAAGCUAAUACUCAGUGAUAUGGAAGAGCUUUCAAAGUUUCAAGCUAAAGUUGGUCUCCAAAUGCCUCUAAUGUCUCCUCUGGAUUCUGAUGAAGAAAAGUAUUCAGUUGCUUCUGAUUCUGUUUCUUCAUCUGAGCAUGAGAAGGUUCAGCCUGGUGGCAACUCAUCUGACUCAGAGAGCAUUAAUCCUGAUCUUACCACUGAAGAUACUGCUUCUAUGGGCAAUGUUUUGGUGAACACUUCAUCUGUCCCACCUCCACCACCACUGCCACCACCUCCUUGUGGUAGCUUGUCUACCCUUUCCACUGAGGAAAAUCAGCUGCCUCCAGAAGUACAGCAUGGGUCACCAAGUGACAGGAAGCUACCACCUCCAUCACCAAUAGCUGCUGUUCCACCACCGCCGCCUCCCCCACCACCUCCAAGUGGAAACAGACCUGUUUUUUCCCCACCGCCACCACCCUUGCCAAACUGUUCAAUCCCACCUCCACCCCCACCCCCACCCCCACCGCCACCACCAACCUUGCCAAACCGUUCAGUCCCACCACCUCCAGCCCCGCCACCGCCACCGCCCUUGCCAAAGCAUUCAGUUCCACCACCUCCACCCCCACCACUGCCACCGCCCUUGCCAAAUCAUUCAGCCUCACCACCUCCACCCCCACCACCGCCACCACCAUCCUUGCCAAAUCGUUUAGUUCCACCACCUCCAGCUCAGGGAAUAGGUAAUAAAUUCCCUGCACCUUCCCCACCCCCUCCUCCACCUCAUCUUUCUUCUAGCAGAACCCCUGCUGCUGCCACUUUGUCAAAAGGGCGGCCUCCUCCACCACCUCCACCUCCACCUCCAGCUAAUCACACCAAAGGCCCUGGUGCUCCAUCUGCACCCCCACCCCCUCCACCCCCACCUCCAGCUAAUAGCAGUAAUGGCCCUAGUGCCCCACCCCCACCCCCACCCCCACCAUUGCCUGCAGCUGCUAAUCAAAGAAAUCCUCCAGCACCACCUCCCCCUCCCUUGAUAGCAGGAAAGAAAGCUCCCGCACCACCGCCUCCGCCACCUCAGGCACCAAAACCUCCUGGAAUAGUGCCCCCUCCACCACCGUUGCAUGGAGGAAUUGGUGCAUCGGGUCGAUUACACCCCCCAGGCGCAAAGGUUUUAAAUGCGCCUGCCCCACCUCCACUAUUGGGAAGGGGAAGAGAAGCGACUGGAUCAGCGAAAGGUCGUGGAAUUGGAUUGGCUCAACAAAGUAACCCUCCAAAGAAAGCUUCACUAAAGCCUUUGCAUUGGGUAAAAGUUACACGAGCAAUGCAAGGCAGUCUCUGGGAGGACGCCCAAAAACAAGGAAAUCAGGCUAGGGCUCCUGAUAUUGAUUUAUCAGAAUUGGAGAGCUUGUUCUCCACUGCGGUCGCAACCAGUGGAAGUGAGAAAGGAGGAACAAAGCGCGGUUCAGCUAUUAGCAAGCCAGAAAUUGUUCACCUGGUUGAUAUGAGAAGAGCAAACAAUUGUGAGAUCAUGCUCACUAAAAUUAAAAUGCCUCUUCCUGAUAUGAUUAAUGCAAUAUUAGCUUUGGAUAUGUCUGUUCUUGAUAAUGACCAAGUGGAAAAUCUAAUUAAGUUUUGCCCUACAAAGGAGGAAAUCGAGAUGUUGAAGAAUUACAAUGGAAAUAAAGAAAUGCUUGGGAAAUGUGAACAGUUUUUUCUGGAGCUAAUGAAAGUACCUCGGGUGGAGUCCAAACUAAGAGUGUUUGCUUUUAGGAUUACAUUUUCAACACAGGUAGAAGAGCUGAGGACUAACUUAACCACCAUAAAUGAUGCAACAAAAGAGGUGAAAGAGUCUCUGAAGUUAAGGCAGAUAAUGCAGACCAUUCUUACAUUAGGAAAUGCUUUGAAUCAAGGAACAGCUCGAGGUUCUGCGGUUGGCUUCAGAUUAGACAGUCUUCUUAAAUUAUCAGAUACUCGAGCUAGAAACAACAAGAUGACACUGAUGCAUUAUUUAUGCAAGCUUCUUUCUGAGAAAAUGCCUGAGCUUCUUGAUUUUGACAAAGACUUAAUUCAUUUGGAAGCUGCUUCAAAGAUCCAGCUGAAGUUGCUCGCGGAAGAAAUGCAAGCAAUAAACAAAGGUCUAGAGAAGGUCGAGCAAGAAUUAGCUGCUUCAGUGAAUGAUGGUGCAAUUUCUGUUGGCUUCCGUGAGGCAUUGAAAAGCUUUCUUGAUGCAGCUGAGGCUGAGGUUAGAUCCCUAAUUUCCUUGUAUUCGGAAGUGGGAAGAAAUGCUGAUUCCCUAGCUCAGUAUUUUGGUGAGGAUCCAGCACGGUGCCCUUUUGAGCAAGUGACAUCAAUUCUGGUUAUAUUUGUGAAUAUGUUCAAAAAAUCACGUGAUGAAAAUGCUCGAAUUGCGGAGCUUGAGAAAAAGAAAUUAGAGAAGGACAAGGAAAAGGCAAGUUUGUCUGCAAAGAAAGCCUUGGAAUGAUACCACUGCUACGCUGAAGUCCCAUGUUGAAGUAGAGCCAUGAGCCCAUGAGCAAUCACCAUCCAUGGCAGAGAUGCCAAAUAGUGUACUGUAAAUGAGAAUCUGCUUUUGUCGUUGGGUGAUUAUAUGCAGAGAUGGGAGGUCUGGAAGCUCAUUGCCGUAUUGGAUGGGUGCGAUCCAUGAAAUGGUUGUCAUUUGGAUUGCGACCUUUGGAAGUUAUGUGGUUUUACCAAUAGGCGGCAUCAUCCACGAUAUGGCUGAGCAAGUGCAGGCAGUGAGAAGUGCUGCUGCUGACAGUUUUGGUGUAAAUACAUCAGUUACCAAGAUAUAGGAGUUGUCUUACCUGUACAUAAAAUAUGCAGCCCCAAGGGGGAAGAAAGCAAACAUCAUUAGUGUUGUAUAAUCAAGGACAAUCAUGUCGCCCUAGUCACAGGUGAAUUCGUGGCUCUGUCAAUUCCUCUUGUGCUUUUGUGCAUUGUGCCAAACGUUGCUUAUUUCUAAUGCUUGAUUACCUCUAUAA